AGUCAUGUUUGACUGACGCUUAGAUACUUCUGAAUAAAAAUGUAUUUGGUCUAUUGAUAUUUAAAUAGUAGUAAUAAAGUUAUUGUUAGCUUUACUUAUGUAAUAAGGACAUAUUACUUCUGUCGAAUACAGAAUAUUUUCACCGAUAGUGUAUAUGUUAGUUAUGAUUCAUAACCAACAGCACCUCGUGAUUUGAAGAAAUUUACCGCAGGUACAAAAAUGCUAUCUGAUGAAUCGAGCAGUGACUCGGAAACUGGAAGAUUCAAAUGUAAAACAAAGACACAAGAUGACGCGGGUCAUAAUUCUAAAUCAAGGGAUGGUUCCUUGCACGCAAGAAAUUCGAGAGCUGGAGGAAAUAGGAGACAAGAGAGUGAAAGAUACCAUAGGGAGUUUGAAAGACGAAGAGAUGAUAGAAGGGAGAAAGUUUUCGAGUCUCGUGAAAGAGAUAGGCAUAGAUAUUCAAGGCAUUCACCGGUGAGAAGACGAUCAUAUGAGAGAAGUAGGCAUAGAGAAGAAUCACAAGAAAGACGAAGACAUGAUAGGGACUCCAGAGAAAGAUCCAGGCACAACAGAAGUAGAAGUAGAGAUAGAAUGCGUAGAUCGGAAUCUAAAACACGGAGAUCUCCAAUUCAUAUCAAAAGUAAAAAAGAAAUCAUUGUAAACCAUAUAAUAGAAAAGAAAGGAGACAAAGUUGAAGUAAACGAAUUAGACAAUAUAUCUUCAUCCAGUGAAGUAAAGUCAAAAAGAUCCGAAGUAUUCAAACCGGAUCCUCAAGAACCGACACGCGAAAAAACUAAAAGUCCUGUUAUUGUAGAAGUUCAUGGUGACAGUGACAGUUCUGUUGGAGAAAAGCCUGCUUCUUAUUACAAUAUGAUACCUGCAAUUGUUAAAGAGAAAUCUGAGGAGUCUAGUGAAAUAGAUUCUUCCGAUGAUGAAAAAUUACGAGCAAAACUUUUAAACUUGGAAAAACAAGUCAACAAGACAAAAAAGCGAAAACAUAGGAAGAAGCACAAAAAGAAAGGGAGUAAGUCUGAUAAAGAAAAAAGUCAAGAGACCACAGCUUCAGUUGAAGUGAGCAGCACCACGGAUAUUCAAGAUAACAUAACCAGUAAUAAGACAAGUGGCUCUGAAACUGCAGAGGUGACUUCCACACAGAAGAGUGGUCAAAAAGAGAGCAGUGAAGAGGGUGAAAUACUAAGUGAUGAUUCACAAAGUCCCAAAAUUGAUCCAACUGACUUGAGGCAUAAACUGAAAAGGUCUACAUUACAAUCUGGUGUUUGUGGACCAGCCCUGCCUCCACAUUUGGAGAAAAGACGUGAUAAAAGUGCAUCUCCUGGGACAGAAGGGCCAGCCUUACCGCCACAUUUGUCAAAGAAAACGCGCCAUUUAGGUCCAUCGAUUCCGCAAGACAUGCGCAAGGUACUCGAAGCAAAGAGUCAAGAAAUAACUGAAUUUGUGAGUUCAGAUGAAGAUAUUACUAUUGUAGGUCCAUUGCCUGUCGGGGCUGAAGAUAAAUGGACCAGUGCACACAAAAGUCUAGAAGAGAGAGCAUUGGAUAUGAAAAUAAAGAAAUUGGAUGGACAUUCAUUAAAUAAAGUCGAUGUUAAAUCAAGAGAGCAGUGGAUGUUAGAAUUACCAGAAGGUAAAACAAAAUACUUGGGUUUAGAAGCGCGAACCUUCAGAGCUAAAGAAGGUCCAGAUAUGAGUGACAGGUCAAGUUGGACUGAUACUCCCGAAGACAAGGCUCGCAAGGCAAGUGGGGUUGUGCGGGAGGAGGACGCGGCGACCGCGCUGCAGCAAGAAAUACGACAGAAACAAAUCGCUACUAGGGAUGAAGAACAAGAGAAAGCUAUAAAAAAACACAAGAAAAAGCACAAAAGAGAUGAAAGUUUACUUGAAAUUCACCAAAAGAAGUUAAAAAAGAAGAAGAAGAAAGAGGAUAAAGAAGAAGAGAAGCCAGAACGUCGUCCGUUCAGCCGCGACGUGGACCUGCAAGUGAACCGCUUUGACGAGGCACAAAAGAGGUCCGUUAUAAAGAAGGCUCAAGAGCUAGAUUCAAGGUUCUCACGUGGUGAAGCUAAAUAUCUCUAAAAUAGUUUAAUGCAACUUUACUUAUGUACUACGAAUUAAAUAAUGGUUUUUUAAUAAAAUGCAAGUGAUUUUGCCGAACUUUUAAAGUAGUUUUUGUAACGUAAAUUAAGUCUGUGUAAGUUGUUAGAAAUAGUAUUUUGUGGUGCAGUUUUCAUAAGUUAAGAAUUAGAUUAAAACACAACUAUGCAUAAUACAUUAAAAGUACAUGUUAAGUAUGUGUGAGCAAUAAGUAAGCAAUAUUACACUGAAGCUGCCGCUGCCACUGUUAAUAUUGUAGUUUCUUCUCUAAGUAAGUACCUGAAGUUGUAGUUUUGAACUCUGUGAAGUCGAUUGCAAUUAUUAAAAUGUAAUUAUUUUUGUCCUUGAAGAUUCAUAUGAAAUUAAUAACUGGAAUUUGCGAGGAAAUGAUAUAAGUUCUUUCUUUUUUGCAGUAUUUAUACUAUUGCGUAAUUGUAAAGUGUUAUUUUUAAAAACGGAGUUAUAAAACAAGGGAAUUAAAUACAUUUUAAUAUAGA